AUGAAAGAAGAGAAAGAAGAUGAGCAACUCCUUUAUGGUAACUUUAUGAACGACCUUCAACUUGAUGUUGUUGUUUACAGUCUCCAACACAUGUCAAUAACUGUCUACAUGUCUUUUAAACAUCUUAUAAAGCUCCGUUACUUCAUCAGUUGUGUUUUUGAGCUUCUUGAAGUUGAAAGUCUUGCAAGAAUGUGCAGAAAAAUUGUUUGUAUUGUUUUUUGUGCUUUGUUGAUCAAAAAUGCUCAAAAUAUUGAAGAUUUCACCUGUAAAUUGUCAAAAAUAGACAGUAAGCUGCAUAAAACUAAUUCUUACAAAUGUGAGCUACAACAACAACACAACCAACCAGAAAUCCAUGCAAAAAACAUUCCACAAAUAUCAAAUGAUCAAAUCACAGCUAUAAGUGCAACUUCCGAUGCAACUUCGAAUCAUUUUACUUCAAAAAUCUGUGAAACAUUUCCGAAUGUCCUCGAAAUUGACUUCAGAAAUACAAAAAUUGAAACUUUCGAGGAAGCUUCGUUCAGAAAGUGCAAAAAUUUGGCAGUUUUGAUGCUCAGUGACAACAAAAUCAAAGAAAUUCCAGAAAAUUUACUGAAUGAGAACCAGAACUUGGAGAUGUUGCUGAUGGAGAACAUUUUAAUCGACUCAGUGCCUAGAAACUUCUUAAAAAGCCAACGUAAAUCACUCAGGAAAUUCCACAUCACUUCAAAGUCAAGCUACAAAGUGCCGGAAAAUUUCUUCAGUUUAUUUCAAAAUUUAGAAGACUUGUCGAUUGGAAAUGUCGUGAAUUUCAAUUUUGAAUGGAUUAAAAAUCUCAAAAGUUUGAAAACUUUAAGCAUCACGAGCUGUAAAAUCCACAAAAUUCCAAAUAACAGUUUUAAUGAUCUAAAAAAAUUAGAAAAUUUGAGCCUCGCUGAAAAUAUGUUAAAAAUAAUUUGUGCGGAUUCGUUUGGAAUUUUGCCAAAUUUAAAGCACAUUGACUUUAGAUUUAAUGAAAUUACAGCAAUUGAUGAAGUAUUGAUUGACAAUACAGGUGUUGUGACGAUGGAUAUGAGGGGUAACGGCUGUGCAAAUGAUAAAUCUGAAGGAAGUGCAGCAAACUGUAAAGAAACUUUAAAAGAAAUGCUGAAAAAAUGUACUGAAAAUGAUAAUGGGUGUCAAUAAAUCAACAAAUCAGGAGACUAGCCAGAGAUUUUACUCCCAAAUUAAGAAUAAGUUUAUAAAAAUUAAAAAAGUAGAUCAAACUUACGUUUAAACAAAAAAGAGAUAUUUUGAAGUUGAUCAACACAAAAACUUACGCAUGGCAUUCUAUAAAUAGUAUAACAUGUGUAUUGAGGUGUUUUGUGUGUAGCUAUUCCGUUUAAUGAUCGUCA